UCGCAGCAUAAUUUACUGUAAACAAUUCAAAACUUUGUAAAACUAUUCAAAAGUUAUAAUUAUAAAGCUUUAACUUUUUAUAAGUUACGAGAAGAGAACAAGAAUAUAAUGAUUAAGUUACCUAAAUGGGUAGGUGGCUCGGACGAAGAAUAUGAAACUCAGCAUUUUGGCUUUGGUGCUCAAAGACUGAAAAUUUCGGUUCGGCAAAUGGUUGAUCAAAAAAUUAGGACUGGUGUGAAGGAUAUGGAAACCUAUUUAGCACAAACUUUGGACCUUAACGACACUGAUAAGGAAACACUAACACAAUCAUGUGAUAAUCUUAUACGGUUGUAUUGUCAGAGGGCCGAGCCCUCCCUAGAUAUUGUUGACAAAGAGAUUGAACGUAUCCUAAAAGUACCUGAGAAUGUGCUGUUGCCAGAAGAUGAAGUGCAACGAGAUCAAAUUUCUACAGAAGAAUACAACAAGCUUAAAGAAGACGUAGUUACUUUAAGGAGAAGGGUGGAAAGGGCGGCAUUGUUGGAAGCUUUCCUUACAGCUGAAGAAGAAGAACUCGCCAUGGUCGAGAAUGUGUGUGAAAUCGCCAAAAAGGACAUGGAAGUGCUAGACUUACUGCAAAAGGACAUUGAUAGUAAAGAAAAUGUUAAGAAGAUUCAAAACAAUGUUCAGUUCCUGUGUGCCAGUGCUCCGUUCAUGGUGAAAAGUGAUGAGGUGGAUUUGUAUGAAGAUAAAACUGAAUGAU